ACAUCCGAAGAUAUGUCCAUGACCUUUUCAAAAGUCGGAUAAAUCCAGUCUCUUUUAAUCUCGAUCGGGUAGGUUCCUAAAUUAAAUUGAUACGUGCCGUGGCUAAAAGAUUUGCUGAACAGUAUCUUAUCUGACGGAUAAACCAGUAUUGUCAGGGCUGUAUAUUGGAUUAACGCGUGUAUGAUAACAUUCGUUGAUUUUUAAAUUCGGAUAAAAAGAUUUACGACAGCUCGCAUUCACACAGAGAUAUUCAAUUUUAUCAUAUUCAAUAAAAGGUUUAAGGAAGAAUAUCUCCUGUAGAAGAAUGUAUAGCUUCUCUUUCCGCGGAGAAAGCUAUGUUAUCGAGAAUUGGCAUCUUUAAAAACAGCGCGCGAUUUUCAGUUUUUGCGAUGGAGUUCCCACAAUUCUAGGUUAGAGAAGUGAGUGAUUUUACUUUAGUUAUUUUAUAUUAAUGCGAUACAGUGGAAGAGUUAAAUGCAAUUUAUUCGUGGGGUAGUGAUAUUCAUUAACGAUAUCUCUAUGAAUUCUAAAUGAAUUAAAUAUUAUAACUUAUAAUUUUACCAACCUAAAUUUCACUGGAUUUAGAGAUCGUAAGAAAUAUGUUUUACUGACAAAAUAUGUGACGAUUAAUACUUGCAUUUUAAUCAAGGGUGACAUAAUUUCUUUAAUAUGAAAACAACAAGGAUAGAGUUAUUUUCAUAGUUUUGGAAUAGGCAUAUCGUUAGAAGUAUGUUUUGUUUACUAAUACAUGAGUGAGCUAGAGGUGAUGAUAUCUGUAGGUUAACUGUGUUAUAAAUAAUCUACUGCGCAUUUUAAUGUCAAAAUGGAUUACCGCACGAAUAGCAAGGACGCGCUAGAAAAAUUCGAGGAAAUCGUGCAGGAAAACUCGUCGGAAAAGCUUUCAAAUGUGUCUAAUGAUAUUUGCGAAGAUAACACUGAAGCAACUGAUUUAGAAAAUUGCGAUUCUGAGCCUGCCACGGAACUUUUAUUACCCAAAAAUGGUGUUGAAGUAAAUAGUGGACCAAAUGUGCCACUUAAAAGUGAAAAUUCUGACGGGGAUGUGUUUCAAAUAAAUGACUUACCGACGAUAGACAGCAAUGGAGAAAAAGAAGGUCGUGAAACAUGGGACAAGAAAAUAGACUUCUUACUGUCAGUUAUUGGGUUUGCAGUGGAUCUUGGAAACGUUUGGAGAUUUCCAUACAUUUGUUACAAGAAUGGAGGAG